GUUGUUUCCUUCACAAACUCUAAGUGUUAAAAUAUCGUUACAUUACAUUGUUUUCUUAAAAGUAAAAGAAAAUGGGAAUGGUUAAUAAUAUUGGUGGUUUGAUGAUGGUGGUGAGCAUGGCCGUAUGUCUCACAUCAGUUGCAAAUGCGGCACAGGGGACAGCUACUUUCUAUACGCCCCCUUAUGUUCCCUCUUCAUGCUACGGAUAUCAAAACAAUGGCGUGAUGAUUGCUGCAGCAAGUGAUGCAAUAUGGGGCCAUCGGGCAGCAUGUGGGAGACGUUAUAGCGUUAGAUGCAUUGGGGCUACAAACAAAGGCCCGCCACCUUGCCAUGGUACCAGCGUCGUGGUUAAAAUCGUCGAUUAUUGUCCGACCAGGUGUCAUGGAACCAUUGAUCUCUCUCAAGCGGCUUUCUCUGCAAUAGCUAAUACGGACGCCGGAAAAAUCAAAAUUGAAUAUAUUCAGUGGCUAAUUUUUUGAUUUGCAGGGUUUGACAUUCUCCUAGAGUAUGGUCUCGAAAAAAGCAAGUUAUGAUAAUAUAUAUAGGAAUAAGUGACUCAUGAUGGGAACUUGUUUGUACCAUGGAAGCAUGGAAAGUUGAUGUUAAAAUUUACUACAUGUAUGAGAUAUAUGAAAAAACAGAGGAAUACUUGAACUUUUUAUUCAACACUUCAAGCUGAAAUGCAAAGGGCAUUAUAUACAGCUUUUCUUUA